AGUAUAAAAUUUAGUAUAAAUAAUGAAUUUAUUAAAGAAGAUCUUAAGUUAAAACUUAAAAUGAGAUCUUCUUGGGGAUUCUUUGCUAAUCUUACAGUAGCAGAGGCUGAAAGUUUGUUAAAAGAAAAAGGAAAUCAUGGAAGUUAUCUUUGUCGAAGAAGCACUUCUUCACCUGGUUCUUACACCCUUUCUGUUAGACGCCAGAAGGAGGUUUGGAACUUUAAAAUUACCAAUGAUGGAGAAAGUUUUGGUUUGUAUGAAAAUGAUGGAUUUGCUUCUGUACCAGAUCUUAUAGAAUAUUAUCAACAUAAUCCAUCAAAGUUCCUUGACCAAAAUAAUAAAUCAGUGGAGUUAACAGAACCUCUUAUUGAUGAUAGUGAAAAUGAUCCUGGUCUAUCACAAGAAAAAUGGUUUUUUGGAGAAAUAGGGCGAGGUGAAGCAGAAUUAAUUUUAAAGCAAAGAGGGGAACAUGGAUCCUAUCUUGUUCGUGAAAGUCGAACACAACCUGGUAACUUUGUUCUAUCAGUAAGGCACCACAAUUCUGUUAUUGAGUUUUUGUUGAUAUACAGUGAUGGUGCAUUUGAUAUUGCUAAUACAAAGCGAUUAAAGUUUCCUACUAUGACUCAUCUUAUAAACUAUUUUAUCACCAAUCCUCUUAUUCAUAAAGAUUCAGACCAAGCAAUUCAUCUUAUUGAGCCUCUUUGUGAUACUGCAGAACGUCUUAGGAAUGAUCAGAGAAUUAAAAAAGAAUUUGAGUGGUUACAACAUGAAGAUAAAGCCAACACGAAUACAAAAUAUGAAGGUUUGCGUCCUGAAAAUAAAGGAAAAAAUAGAUACAAAAAUAUUUUACCAUAUUAAAUGUGUGCGAUACUGGCCAGAACCAGGAAUGUCUAUGAUUGCAGAUAAUAAACAAGUGACAAAUGCAGGGGAAACAGUUACCAGAGAUUACAUUAUUCGUCAAUUAGAGAUUCAAUUAGAAGCACAGCCAGGUGGCACAUCUAAAGGAGUUCGCAAAAUAUUUCACUAUCAGUUUGUUGGUUGGCCUGAUCAUGGUGUCCCUUCAGAUCCUGGAUCAUUGUUAGAAAUGAUGCAACUCAUUGAGGCUACACAAAAAACAUUUCAAUUUCCAGGACCUCCGAUCAUUCAUUGCAGUGCUGGCAUUGGAAGAAGUGGUACUGUAAUAGUUAUAAGCAUGCUGAUGAGUCUAUACCGAAUUAAAGGACAUUUAGAAGAGCGUGAUAUUCCAAGGACAGUGCAAAAAGUUAGAUUGCAACGUUCAGGAAUGGUUCAAACUGAGGCUCAAUAUCGUUUCAUUUACGCUGCCGUUGUUUUUUAUAUGGAUACUGUUGAACAACGAGAAGCACAGUGUUCAAAAGUUAAUGCAAAUACAUACGACAAUCUUAAUGAACUUUCCUCGAUGUUGAAAAAAUCUGCCAUUGCUGAUGAACCAUCUUAAACGAAAAGGAAUCAUCCAAAACAGUUUUUUUCAAAUAAUCGUUUUUUUUUACCUGAAAAAGUACUUUCUAAUUAUAGUCAUU